CAUUUUCCAAACAGAAGCUGAAAUCUGCCAAUCUUCAAUGCCGCUCAGCGUUACUAGUCGUUAGGCUCCACCAGUAGAGCGUUUCGCUUCACUUUCAGUCUCGUUGCGCGUGUUGGUCUCCCUUUGUUUUAUAUUAAUCCUACCAAUGAGAUACCCGAGCUUCGAAAGAGAGGGAGAAAGCCCACCGAGGCUCAAGAAAAGGAAAAUCCGUAGGGGCACGAAGAGCUGCUGGGAGUGUAAGCGCCGGAAGGUUAGGUGUACUUUUGUCGCCUCAACUGAGACUAGCUGUGAUGGCUGCAAGAGCCGGCAAACUUUGUGUAUCGGCCAGGAAAUGGAUUAUCUCGAGAGGGAGGUGGACGACAGCAAGGCAGGCAGCCUAAACCUAGAAGAAGCGUUGGUCGAACAACUAGCUAAGCAAGCUAAGACUAAUUCGCCGGGUUUGGUGACCCAUCAGCCGCAAAAUGCAAAAGUACCGAAGAUGUGUAGCAUCAGCAACAACUCACGUCACGCGGCAACUGCCUCUCCCGAUUUACUAACCCCUAGUACCCGACCAAACUUAGACUUGCUUUAUCAUGCCAAUAGUAGCCACGAUGAAUUGUGUGGCGCCCUUCUUGCUGCUUGGCCGACUCAGCGUGAGCUGGAUUUGAUGACAAGCAUCACUGUCGGAACCCCAAUGCUUUUCCACGGUACGGUAUGCUUACCAUACUCGAGUCUCCUGAGCAACGAUACGGCUUCACCACGCGAAAUGCUACAGCUGCCUCCACCAGGGUCUCAUCCGGUUUUGCUAGCCCGUAAACUCUUACUACUAGGUUCCUUCUUGCAAGGCAUUCCGCCAGAGUCCGGGAAAUUCCUUAGUGAAACAUGCCCAAACUACCGUGAAGUCAUGUCUCACAUGGUCGAGACAUCAAGCAGACUGGUUACUAGCAACGACGACCUCGUUGCUUCGAUCGAGGGCAUUGAAUGCAUUAUGAUCGAAAGCAUGUAUCGAAACAACGGUGGCAAGCUUCGUCAGGCGUGGCUUACAAACCGACGGGCCAUGGGCAUGGCACAAAUGAUUGGGCUACCACUAGGCAAACUCCCGUCGCCCACUUUGCUUGACGUCCAGACCCGAGAACGUGUCAACCCAGAGUACAUGUGGACUCGUCUGGUCAUGUCAGACCGCUACCUCUCGCUUACUCUCGGCUUACCGCAGGGCUCUCAAGAAAGUCCAUUUGCUACUCCGCAAGCUCUGAAGGGCUGUGCGCCGAUGGAUCGCAUGGAGCGAAUCGAGGCAGCAGUCGGAGGGCUCAUUAUCCAGCGAAACAGCCAAGACUUGCUCAACCUUAAAGCUACACACGAAAUAGAUAAGCAACUUCAGGAUGCUGCCGCCUCGAUGCCAGCCAAGUGGUGGCUAUUUCCUAAUGUGGCGUCUCUUUCCGGUUUUGACGCAAACGCAUUUAGCGAGACGUUCCGCAUUAUGACUCAGUUUACGCACUUUCACCUACUCGUACAGCUGCACCUACCGUACUUGCUGCAAUCCUCCGGGGACAGGAAAUACGAUUAUAGCAAGAUUACUGCUGUGAAUGCUAGUCGAGAGAUACUCUCACGCUUCGUGGCUUUCCGCGGGUUGGACAUUAUCGCUGCUUACUGUCGCGGUGUCGAUUUUAUUGUCUUCAUUGCAAGCACAACUUUAUGUCUCGCCCAUAUCGAUGCAUCCCGCCAGCUUAGAAACAGCUUGGACAACGCAAUAAGCGCCCUUUCAUUUCUCGCCCACCAGCGCCUCGGCGAUCGUGGUCUACUGGAACGUAUACUCCAGAUCAUGGAAGAGAUGACUCGGACCGAUAGCGAUCCCAUAGCAAGCAGAAUUGCUAGCAUGCUGCAGCGAUUGCUUGAUAUCGAAGUUGCCGCUGCAAACGGCGACUCCUACAAUGCUAGUAUGUCCUUCGAUCUUGGUGAUCAGGCAGUUUCAAAGGGCGACAAUACGACAGAGGAUGGUGAUAAGAUGAGUAUCACCAUCAGUGUGCCAUCUUUGGGGAAUAUCAGAAUUGAGUCGCAAGCAAGGGCAAUAGCAACAGAUAAAGACUUUCUAGCUUUGAUGGAAGACCCUUUCGACGUCCAAAGCUUACUGUUCCCUGAGCCGAUAGCAGGCACAGCUGACUGGGCGUUACAGGGCGUGGAUUAUGCCUUCUUUGACACUCUCAAUCAUGGCACUGAGAACUCACUCACAACUAGAGAGGAACUUGGAAUGUGGUGAGGAUUGGAGUUGGCAGAUUAAGCCAAAAAAAAAGUAUUUUACCG